CCACCCCACCCCUUCUCUCUAUCACCACCAACCGUUUUCAAACACACACACUCCACUGUGUUUUUUAAUUUUUAAACCCUAACGCCGUUAACUUCCGGCCGUUCCAACUCCCGGUGAUCAUAUUCAUGUCAAUUACUUUUUUAACUUUCACCUUGUUUUUAACGGCAAUUCGUUCUAGCAAUCUGUUAAACCUGUCAACCGAUUUCGAGUAUCUUAAAACUCUUAAUUUUCAAAUUUAAAAAAAAGUAUGGAUUCGUACGGUUUUAUCAACAGUAUUCAAGUGGAAAAAGCGAAUGCGCUUGCGAGAUACAAACGUUUCAACAACCUUUCAAAAACGUUUAGAGCGAUCGAAGUUUUCGUCGCUCUUGCGUUGAUUUCGUGGUCUUCAACUCGAAUUCCUUCGGUUUUUAGAGUAUCUGGAGAGUAUAUUUACGCAUAUGCGUCUUACGUGUUGAAUCAACACGUUGUUUUUCUAGUAGGAAAUGUUAUUGUUGUUGUGUGUUAUUAUCUCUCUGGUCACACUGAAUCCGAUUGCUACAAAACAAACCAAUCCGGUUUAGAUACAGAACCGGAAGUAUCUGGAGAUGAUAAUACUAAAACUAAUGCAUCCGGUUCAAAUACUGAACCGGUACCGGUGGAAGUAGUAGUACCGGUUCAAACAAGAAAUGAAAAGGAGAGUGUGAAAGUAGCAGAGUCGGAAACGGAUGCAAAAAUGGCAAUCAAGGAGGCGGUGAAGCAGAUCAAGAGGUUUCAUAGAACGCAGUCGGCGAAGUUGAGUAUGGAGAUAUCGAGGUCUAGUAGAGAAUUGAGGCGGUCGGUGACGGGGAGGCGGAGGACUGAUGAUGGAGAUGGAACGACGUCGUUGGAUGGGACGGUGGAGAGGCUGAGUAAUGAAGAGUUCCGGCUUGCGGUUGAGGCUUUUAUUUCUAAGCAGCAGAGUCUUCUCAAGCAGCAGAGCAUGUAAAGAAAUGUUAUUAUCUUUAAGUAAUUAUUAUUAUGUUAAUUUUUAAGUAAUUAUUAUUACUAAUAUGUUAAUUGUCGAUUAUUAAUAAUGAUAAAAUUAUUAUUAUUAUAAGCUAGUAGUGAUGAAGGCCUUGAACCGAAAAUUGUUGAAUUACUAUGUAAGUAUCCCUGUUUCUUAAAUUAUGUCAUUUUGAUGAAGAAAAA